CUUCUUCAUCUUAUCUCUUCCGCAUCGACCCGACCUGACCUCUCUCUUCCGCUCUCCUUCUCUCUGCCAUCACCGGGAAACCCAACUUCCGGUUGCCACCUCACGUCACCGCCACCAUCCUUCGAACCAGCUCCCAAUUUCGAUCAAAACCCAAAGGCAGCUACCCCAACCGACGGUGGAAAAUCGCCGUACACACCACCGCCGAUGGCAUCGAAUCUGCAUGGCUUCGUUCUCCAACCUCCAGUCCAAAUCGAGCUAAACCACCUCCAUAAAUGGAAUCAGCGCCUCACUACCCACCAAACACCGCCGUGAGAGCCACCGGCUUACCUUUUUCGUUCGGUUUGUGGAAUCUGGAAAAUUGAAGCUUUGGAGAAGAAAUGAGCUACCGGGUCAGUUUCGACUGAAAUCGAAAUAAGGAAUUCAGAUGGUUAAUGGAUGUGGAUUUCUGGGUUUUUGGAGUGUUGGAGGAGAGGAAGCUGCUGGGUUAAUUUCAGUUGAAACUGGAAAAGGUGUUUACAUGAUUGUUGAUGGUGAAUUGCAGUAAUUGGAAUUAACUUCCAAAUCUGGUCAAGAAGAAUCCUUCCUCACGCAAAACCUCUCUCUCUAAUCCUUCACCAUGAGCAGGUCAGGUCAGCCCCCGGAUCUGAAGAAGUACAUGGACAAGAAGCUUCAAAUCAAGCUAAAUGCAAACCGAAUGAUUGUUGGAACCUUGCGUGGAUUUGACCAGUUCAUGAAUCUGGUGGUUGAUAAUACUGUAGAAGUGAAUGGUGAUGAAAGGACUAACAUAGGCAUGGUGGUGAUCAGAGUAAACAGUGUGGUUAAUGUUGAAGCACUUGAACCUGUGGCCAAAAUGCAGUAGUUUUUGUUUUAAAAAAAUUUAUCUGGAUGUAGGAUGCAAAGGGAAACUCUGUAACUUUGUUACGAUGGUGAGGUGAAUUCUAUAUCACCCUUGCCACCAGGCAGAUUGUGAUGAAUGUAAUUAUGUCGUUCUAUAUGGAAUAGCAGUUAAUUGAGUGUAAGAUACAAAAUGUGGUAAUGCUACUGCUUUGACUUUGAAAAAAAAAAAA